GCUCUGAAGGUUCAGACUUGGAUUCACUAAUAUCUCAGGAGACUUCAGGUUGACGAUGGAAAAACAAAUUAAAGUCAGCAGUGGUGCUGUGCGCUAUGGGGCAUCUUAUGGAGGGAACAGACUCUUCUCUGCAAACAGGGGUGUUAGGGUCGGGUUUGGAAGUGGCUUUGGAGGUGGCUAUGGAGGUGGCUAUGGAGGUGGUUUUGGAGGUGGACUUGGAGGUGGAUUUGGAGGUGUUGGGCUCUCUAGAGCAGUUGCCUAUGGUGGAGCAGGUGGCUUCAGAGGUGGCCUAGGCGCUGGUUUCAGAAGCGCUGCAUUUGGCGGUGGGGCAGGAUUUGGAGGUGGAGUAGGGGCAGGUUUUGGGUUAGGAGCAGGUGCUGCAGGUGGCAGACUUGGUGGUGCUGUAGGAGUCCUGAAAGGCCGCUUGGGUGGUAGAGGAUUCAAGAUUGGUAGCUAUGGUUUUACUCCAUCCAUUGUGUUUGGUCUCAAGUCGGGACUUGUUGGAGGACCAGGAGGUUCUGGUCCUGACAUCCCCUCAAUUGACCCAUCUCUGCCCUCCGUGGACACUGUCCAAGUCACCCGCCUGAAGGAAAAGGAGGAACUCCAGCUGCUGAACAACAAGUUUGCUACCUUCAUUGACAAGGUCCGAAGUCUGGAGCAACAAAAUACAAUUCUUAAAGCCCAGAUCUCGGUGUUCAACAGAAGUGACCCAAAUGGACCUGCUAACUCCUCAGUAGUCACAACCACUGCUGUAGCAGGUUACAAGGCACAGAUUGAGACUUUAACUCAAACCAAAACCGCAAUCCUUGCAGAAAUCGACCACUACAAGCAGAUUAUUGAAGAGGUGCAAGUAAAAUAUGAGGAGGACAGUUCAGCCACAAAGAGCCUGGAGUCAGAAUGGACUACCCUGAAAGAGGAUGUUGAUCACUUGUACUUGACCAUCUUUGACCUGCAGACAAAACUGACUGGAAUUGAGGAUCAGAUUACUCUUUCCAAACAAUUAUAUGAGGCUAAAGUCAGAGAGGUACAGACCAUUAUUACAAGUGGAACGAAGGCUGCCAUUUCCAUCUCGUUCGAUAACUACGCUCAAGCUGUAGACCUGACAACAGCCAUCUCGGAAAUGAAAGCACAAUAUGAAUCCCUGGUCGCAAAGACGAAACACGAAGCCUUUGCAGCAGCCGAGAGCAAGAUCCUUAUGGUAACUGGUUCAACGCAACACACAGUGCACGCUCUGACAUCAUUCAAGGAAGAAUACAGGCUGUUGAAGCAUCAGGUUGAGUCCAUUCAGCGUGAAAUUGAACGUGUGAAGACACUGAAUAUUCAGCUGGAAACUCAGAUCACAGAAGCAGAGAGCAGCACUGGCACUGAAACAGAUUCAUACCAAGAACAAGCUGUAUCCCUCAAGGCUCAACUAGAUGACAUCAGAAAGCAAAUUGCUCACUAUGGCCAAGAAUACCAGGAACUCUUGGCUGUCAAGAUGGGAUUAGAUGUUGAAAUAACAGCCUACAAGAAACUCAUGGACAGUGAAGAGCUAAGACUCAACACUGGAAGUGGUAUCACCGUGCAGAUGUCCAAAUCUUCUGUUGGUGGAGGAGCUGGACUUGGAGGCGGCCUGGGUGGAGGUUUUGGAGGCGGCCUGGGAGGAGGUCUAGGUGGUGGCCUGGGAGGAGGUCUAGGAGGUGGCCUGGGAGGAGGUCUUGGAGGUGGCCUUGGAGGAGGUCUAGGAGGCGGAAUAAGCCUUGGAGGAGGUGGAGGUGGAAGUGGAGGCUUUGGUUUUGGAGGAUUUGGAAGCAGUUUUGGAGGAGGUCUAGGAUAUGGAAGCCUGAAUUCCAGCUCAAUAUCAACAUCUACUGCCUAUUGAAGAGGACUAUGAGCUUAAUAUGUGCCAUGGAAGUUGGACUGAAAAUUGCGUACAAGCAUUUCAACGCAACCAGAUUUCCCAAAUGCAUCAUUUUAUCUCUGCACUUAGUCAGCUUCCCAGAAGACAAUCAAUGCUUUACAAAUCUUUUUACUCAUAUUCUUUAAUAAGGAAACUUUAAUAAGGUUUCAUUAUGUUUUUAUUCUGCUAUGUAAUCUUGCGGUGAAUUAAGAGGUUCUAUUUUUUAUUUUUUUUUUCUUCUGUUUCUAAAUACUGACCAGUUACUUUCAACAGAAUAGAAGAUAAAUUAUACAUGUAACCACAAGUCUGCCACCGAAAUCUCUAAUUACCUAACUGCAGGAAGUUUGGCUUUAAGAGAGAUUCUCGCAGAGUUAUGGACUAUUGAACAGAAAAGGGACAGCACUAUAGAUGGCAAGCUGAAUAUGUGCAAUAAUGAAAGCAGUUGACAUGAUUACUGUGAUUGACACACUGCCAAGUCCUGAAAAGGUGCAAAACACAACAUGUACUGUUUCUGUUAAAGGAGUUCAUUACAAUAUCCUACAGAGUCCUUGUAUUAAAGCGUUAUAAGAUAUAUUCUCUAAGCUGAGAAAAAGGGCUUUUUGCUAAAUUGUAAAGAAAGCUAAAUAAAAAAAAGCAUUCUUUGGUUUCCAAA